CGGCUCCGGCCUCCCCUCCUGGGCCCCUCCCACCGCCCCUUCGCGCUGCUUCUUCUCCCUCCCCCCCGCCGUCUUGGAGGGGGGGCCCUGGCGCGUCACGUGACGGCGCCAGGUUUUUAAUGUUUACAUUCGAAGCGGGCAGCCCGUGGAGGCGCCCCUCCCCGUGGUGGCGCCCCCUCCCCGCCAGCCGCCCCGGCCCCCCUCGCUUCCCGCCGGCCGUUUCGCUUUCAUUUCCGGGCUACUCCGGGCCGCGGUGGGUGUGGGGGAGAAGAGGCUGGUGCUAUUGCCGCUGCUAUAGCCGUUGUUGCUGCUUCCCCUGCUUCAGGCGCUCUCACCCUGCGCGAUUCUGAGGGCCCGCUGCUGGAGAAGGAGGAGGAGGCGGCUGAGGGGAGGAAGAAAGGACGCGGGACGGGCCGCUGGGCCUGCCCCGCCGCCAUGGAGGAACUGGUGGUGGAGGUGCGCGGCUCCAACGGGGCCUUCUACAAGGCAUUCGUGAAGGAUGUGCAUGAAGAUUCAAUAACUGUUGUGUUUGAGAACAACUGGCAGCCCGAGAGACAAAUUCCAUUCCAUGAUGUCAGGUUUCCUCCACCUGCAGGGUACAAUAAAGAUAUAAAUGAAAGUGAUGAAGUUGAGGUUUAUUCCAGGGCUAAUGAAAAGGAACCAUGUUGCUGGUGGCUGGCUAAAGUGAGAAUGAUAAAGGGUGAGUUUUAUGUAAUAGAAUAUGCAGCCUGUGAUGCUACAUACAAUGAAAUUGUCACAAUUGAGCGUUUAAGAUCUGUGAAUCCCAACAAACCUGCAACAAAAGAUACAUUUCAUAAGAUCAAACUUGAUGUGCCAGAGGACUUAAGGCAAAUGUGCGCUAAGGAAUCUGCGCACAAGGAUUUCAAGAAGGCAGUUGGGGCGUUCUCUGUAACAUAUGAUUCUGAAGAGCGACCAGCUUUAACAUCUUCUAUCAAUGACGUAACAACAAAGCGUGCUACUAUGCUCAUUGAUAUGCACUUUCGCAGUCUUCGGACCAAGUUAUCGUUAAUAUUGAGAAAUGAAGAAGCAAGCAAACAGCUAGAGAGCUCAAGACAGCUUGCUUCACGAUUUCAUGAACAGUUUGUUGUACGUGAAGAUCUAAUGGGUCUGGCCAUUGGCACACAUGGUGCUAAUAUUCAGCAAGCUAGGAAAGUACCGGGUGUUACAGCAAUUGAUCUUGACGAAGAUACUUGUACAUUCCAUAUUUAUGGUGAGGAUCAAGAUGCAGUGAAGAAAGCAAGAAGUUACCUUGAAUUUGCUGAAGAUGUCAUACAAGUUCCAAGAAACUUAGUAGGAAAAGUUAUAGGAAAAAAUGGAAAACUCAUUCAAGAGAUAGUGGAUAAAUCGGGUGUUGUGAGAGUAAGAAUUGAGGCUGAAAAUGAGAAGAAUAUUCCACAAGAGGAGGUGUUAGUUGUGUCAUCAGCUGUAGCAGGAAGAAAGCAAAAACCUGAACUCAAAACUUGGCAGGGGAUGGUCCCUUUUGUCUUUGUGGGAACAAAGGACAGUAUCACAAACGCAACCGUUCUUCUGGAUUAUCACCUCAAUUAUUUAAAGGAAGUGGAUCAACUACGCAUGGAGCGAUUGCAGAUUGAUGAGCAGCUUCGACAGAUUGGGGCUACUUCUAGACCACCGCCAAACCGCACAGAUAAAGAAAAAGGAUAUAUGACUGAUGAUGGACCAGGCCUUGGAAGAGGUAGUCGACCCUACAGAAACAGAGGGCACAGCAGGCGUGGGCCAGGCUAUGCUUCAGGAACUAACUCUGAAGCAUCAAAUGCUUCUGAAACAGAGUCUGACCACCGGGAUGAACUUAGCGAUUGGUCGUUAGCCCCAGCUGAAGAAGAGCGCGACAGUUACCUUCGUAGAGGAGAUGGGCGAAGGCGUGGUGGAGGAGCAGUCAAGGAGGAAGAGGUCGGGGAGGUUUCAAAGGAAAUGAUGAACAGUCACGGACAGAUAAUCGUCAACGUAAUUCAAGAGAUACUAAAGGGAGAACAACAGAUGGAUCGCUUCAGAUCAGAAUUGACUGCAAUAAUGAAAGAAGUGUCCACACUAAAACAUUACAGAAUACCUCCAAUGAAGGUAACCGGCUGCGCACGGGUAAAGAUCGGAACCAGAAGAAAGAGAAGUCAGACAGCGCGGAUGGUCAGCAACCGUUGGUGAACGGAGUACCCUAAACUGCAUAGUUUCGAGAAGUCAUAUUUCCUAAACUGUUCCAGUAAAUCUUAUUCCACAUUAGAGAAACUUGUUAGGCCAAAGACAAAUAGUAGGCAAGAUGGCGCAGGGCAUGAAAUUAAUAUAAAAAGUUCUGUUAGCCUUUUUUAACAUCAGUAUGCAGUUUUUUUCAAAAUAAGACGUUAUACUUGCAUUAAAGUAUCUUGAACUUCUGGAAGAAUAUGCUUUCGAGUACAUAUUGCACUUCAAACAAUGAGAGAAUCCUUUUGUUUGUUUUAAAAAUACUGAACUGUGCAUUGGUAUUCUUUCUGUUCAGUUGUACCAUUUUAACACAUCUCGUCAAAAUCACUGCUAAAUUUCAAUUUUCAGAAUAAAUAGUGUUUGCGGUAAUCAAAUUGGGCUUCUGUUUUCAAUCUCAAAAGUUCUUCAUUUUAAAGAACAAGAGCUAUGUUUUAUGUCCUGUGUCAGUUCACAUUUUGGUUCACUUUUUCAGUAUUUUAGUGGACCUGAAUAUAUGUGUAACGUAACUAAAUUGUCAUUUUCAUUAGCAAAAAGUUGUAUGAUCUGUGCCUUUUUUAUAUCUUGGCAGGUAGGAAUAUUAUAUUUGGAUGCAGAAAUCAGGGAAGAUCAGUUGGAAACACUAUAUGUACAAUAUAUGUAGCAAAACUUGUCCAACAUCAGUACUUUAUUAAAAGAAUGCAUGCUUUCCAUACUUUUUUCCUUGCAUAAACAUUGUUAGGCAGUUUAUAAAAAUAGGAAUUUAUUUUGCACUGACGAUAAUGGCAGAUCGUGUUAAUGAGAUGGUGUGGUUUUUGUUCUGUUUUUCAUUUUUUAGACAGGACAAGAAGUUUUUAAUGCUUAUUUCCAUUUGUGAUAAACUAAAAAAUUCAUGGUUACUGAGGGAACAAAUAGUUCAUAAACUAGUAGUGUGUGCCUGCUUUUGGCCAGAGGACCAAUUUAAAAGAAUAGCUUUCUUUUGUUCAGUUCCCCUAUAGUUUUUGGUAUUCAGCGCUGUCUCAAAAGUGGAAGAUGAUUGCUAUAUGUGAAAGUUAGGAACAUUCACAGAUAGUAUGAUUUGACAGCAUUGGGAAUAGGACAGGCUUACCAAGGUUUUGCUCACAAGGAGGAUCAAAAUGUGUGACCCUUCAAGAGUUGAUGUAAAGUUUAGUUACCCAUAAUAAGGGGUGGGGGGGAUAUUUUGUGUAUCCAAUCAUGAAUGAAAUUUGCUUGUGCAAAAAAGUGUGUGACAAGACCUUCAUUUUAAGCUAUUCUAUUUUUAUUAAAUUUACUCCAGUGGGAGUAUUGCUGAUUGUGUACAGAAUUGUACAAACCUGGCCCUGUCUCUGUGUUAUGUGUUUUUGUUUCUCUACUCUUUUCAUUUAGUUUUUCUCCUUGCAUACAAGCAAGCAUAUUAAAAAGGCAGCGAACUGCACACAACUUAACAAAUAUUAAAAAAAAUCUUAAGCAUUGCCAAACACUAAAUGUUGAUUUCUAGUUAUUUAUUUUUGGGGGAAUGUAUAGUAUCUGAAAACUGAAAUUGGUACCUUGCACACAUCAUCUGUAAGCUGUUUGGUUUAAAAUACUGUAGAUAAUUAACCAAGGUAGAAUGACCUUGUAAUGUAACUGCUCUUGGGCAAUAUUCUCUGUACAUAUUAGCUACAACAGAUUGGAUUUUAUGUUGACAUUUGUUUGGUUAUAGUGCAAUAUAUUUUGUAUGCAAGCAGUUUCAAUAAAGUUGGAUCUUCCUCUGCUGAUGGAUGUUGAUGCAAUCUUUAUAAAUGAUUGCUUUAAAAGAAACCAACUUAAAAAGAAAUAAGAACUUAUAUUUUUUUUUCUUGUGCUAAAUUGGAAGUGUUGUUUAUGCCGGAUGUGUGAGAUCCGAAACCCUUUCAGUUUCAAGAAUUUGGCUAGUGUACAGAUAACGGGUCAAAUCAGACAUGUUUAGCAAUUAUAUGCACUAAUUUUACACUCAAGGCUGACUUCAGUAAGGUGCUAACUAGAUUUGACUUAACUAAAAAUGUAAUAGGAUAAUCACAUUUUCAAAUGACAUUUUUGCAGUAUUUUGUGCUUUAAAUGUGUAUCCCUUUCAAUUAAAAAUUCCGCUGUUUUUAAGUAUUCGUACCUUUUAAAAUUGUAAAUCAAAAUGUAAGUCUCAUUUUGAGAAUCAUGCGUGUUAUGAAGGUUGAAAGUGCAGCGAAUGUCUUUUUGAGUUCACUUAUUGGUAACUUCACGUAUGGUCUACUGAAUUACAAUUAUUUUGAAAAAUAAAGGUUUUUUAAAGAGUGAAA